GGCUUCAGACCUGCAGCAGCAGGAUGAGGACGCGCCGUGGAGGCUCCGUGGAGGCUUCGUGGAGUGGGCGGGCCCACGGCCAGCUUUCACGCUCGGUGCUCACAUGGUGUCAGAACUGACGGCGCAGGACGGAACCGAGACCCGGGAAGAUGCUCCGCUUCCAGCGUCCGCACGCUUCGGUUCCCCAGUUCACCAAUUCUCCCACCGUGAUCGUGAUGGUCGGCCUGCCGGCUCGCGGCAAAACCUACAUCUCCAAGAAGCUCACCAGGUACCUGAACUGGAUCGGCGUGUCGACCAAAGUGUUUAAUGUGGGGCAGUACAGAAGAGAAGCAACCCGCUCCUACAACAGCUACGAGUUUUUUAAACCUGACAACGCAGAAGCCAUGAAGAUACGAAGCGCCUGUGUGAAAACGGCCCUGCAGGAUGUGAGUGACUACCUGACCACUUACCAAGGUCAGGUCGCGGUUUUCGAUGCCACCAACACGACGCCGGAGCGCAGAGAGGUCAUCCUCAGCUUCGGCAAGGAGAACGGCUACAAAGUUUUCUUUGUGGAGUCGAUUUGCGACGAUCCUGAAAUUAUUGCUGAGAAUAUUAAACAAGUGAAGCUUUCGAGUCCUGAUUACAUCGAUUGUGACAAAGAAGAAGCUGUUUCAGAUUUUCUGAAGAGGAUCGAGUGUUACAAGAUGACCUACGUUCCCCUGGACGACAGCAAGGACCGGAGUUUAUCGUACAUUAAGAUCUUCAACGUGGGCAGCCGGUACCUGGUGAACCGGGUCCAGGACCACAUCCAGAGCCGGAUCGUCUACUACCUCAUGAACAUCCACGUCACGCCCAGAUCCAUCUACCUGUCCCGGCACGGCGAGAGCGAGCUCAACCUGGUGGGGCGCAUCGGGGGAGACUCCGGCCUGUCCCACCGGGGGGCAAAGUUCGCCGCGGCGCUGGGCGCCUACAUGCGCAGCCAGAACCUCAGCGACCUGAAGGUUUGGACCAGCCACAUGAAGAGGACCAUCCAGACCGCGGAGGCGCUGCGGGUCCAGUACGAGCAGUGGAAGGCCCUGAACGAGAUCGACGCUGGAGUCUGUGAGGAAAUGACUUAUGAGGAGAUUCAGGAGCAUUACCCAGAGGAGUUCGCUCUGAGGGAUCAGGACAAAUAUCGGUACCGGUACCCCAAAGGAGAGUCGUACGAGGACCUGGUCCAGCGUCUGGAGCCCGUCAUCAUGGAGCUGGAGAGGCAGGAGAACGUCCUGGUCAUCUGUCACCAGGCAGUCAUGAGAUGUCUGAUGGCCUACUUCCUGGACAAAAGUGCAAGUGAGCUGCCGUACCUGAAGUGUCCUCUGCACACCGUCCUGAAGCUCACGCCGGUCGCCUACGGGUGUAAAGUUGAGUCGGUCUUUCUCAACAUUGAAGCUGUGAACACACACAGAGACCGGCCCGAGAAUGUGGAUGUGGACAGAGACCCGGAGGAGGCGCUGGAGACGGUUCCUGAACACAUCUAGAGGACGCCUCAGCAUCCGUCCAGAGAUGUUUCUGUAAUCCUUGUUUUAGAACUGAGAGCUCACUGAUAACGAAAGGUUUCUUCCAUCUUAGUUCCACUGUCAGUGCACUUUAUCUGGAAGGUCCAGGCUGAAACGACUGUUCACCAGUCACUGAUCUGUUUCACGCUGCAUCUCUUCAUCCUGUGAUUUCUUCUCUUGUAAUUUCAUGUGUUCAGCAAUAACAGCGGCGGCCGCCAUGUUUUAGGUUUGGAAAGUGACGUUCAUUCCCUCAUUCAUUUACAUCAGCUGGAUGUAAAUGUUAAAUUCAGCUGCCAUCACAUUUCCAGGAACUUUGUGACCGACAGCCAUGUUGGUAGGCAGUUGCUCUGACAACUGUUCCAGCUCAUACAACUUACUUGAUUACAGCUUUUGAGAACUUAGCCAUCUCUGCUAACCAAUCUUUACUGUAGUACUUACUGCCGAACUAGCUAAAUUAGCCUAGCUAACAUAGCGUAUUUGCUAAUAUUGUGUUUACUAGGGUGUCAGCGCAUCCUAUAAUGUCUUCAGUUCAUAAAAGAUGUGCAAUAAAUAAUCACAGGCAGAGCUAUUUAGCUAAAUAUGUUUGAGUCACGCACACAUCAUUUAGGCUAGCACUAGCUAGCUGCUAACAGACCAUCACUAGCCACCUGCAAACAGACCCUUCUUAGCCACCUGCUAACAGACCCUUGAUAGCCACCUGCUAACAGACCCUCGUUUGCCACCUGCUAACAGACCCUUGCUAGCUACCUGCUAACAGACCCUUGCUAGCUACCUGCUAACAGACCCUUGAUAGCCACCUGCUAACAGACCCUUCAUAGCCACCUGCUAACAGACCCUUGAUAGCCACCUGCUAACAGACCCUCGUUUGCCACCUGCUAACAGACCCUUGCUAACCACCUGCUAACAGACCCUCGCUAGCCACCUGCUAACAGACCCUUGCUAGCUACUUGCUAACAGACCCUUGCUAGCUACCUGCUAACAGACCCUUGCUAGCUACCUGCUAACAGACCCUUGGUAGCCACCUGCUAACACACCCUCAUUAGCCACCUGCUAACAGACCCUUGCUAGCCACCUGCUAACAGACCCUCGCUAGCCACCUGCUAACAGACCCUCGCUAGCCACCUGCUAACAGACCCUUGCUAGCCACCUGCUAACAGACCCUCGCUAGCCACCUGCUAACAGACCCUUGCUAGCUACCUGCUAACAGACCCUUGCUAGCUACCUGCUAACAGACACUUGAUAGCCACCUGCUAACAGACCCUCAUUUGCCACCUGCUAACAAACCCUUGCUAGCCACCUGCUAACAGACCCUCGCUAGCCACCUGCUAACAGACCCUUGAUAGCCACCUGCUAACAGACCCUUGCUAGCCACCUGCUAACAGACCCUCGUUUGCUACCUGCUAACAGACCCUUGCUAGCUACCUGCUAACAGACCCUUGCUAGCUACCUGCUAACAGACCCUUGAUAGCCACCUGCUAACAGACCCUCAUUAGCCACCUGCUAACAGACCCUUGCUAGCCACCUGCUAACAGACCCUCGCUAGCCACCUGCUAACAGACCCUCAUUUGCCACCUGCUAACAGACCCUUGCUAGCCACCUGCUAACAGACCCUCGCUAGCCACCUGCUAACAGACCCUUGCUAGCUACCUGCUAACAGACCCUUGCUAGCUACCUGCUAACAGACACUUGAUAGCCACCUGCUAACAGACCCUCAUUUGCCACCUGCUAACAAACCCUUGCUAGCCACCUGCUAACAGACCCUCGCUAGCCACCUGCUAACAGACCCUUGAUAGCCACCUGCUAACAGACCCUUGCUAGCUACCGGCUAACAGACCCUCGCUAGCCACCUGCUAAUAGACCCUCGCUAGCCACCUGCUAACAGACCCUCGCUAGCUACCGGCUAACAGACCCUCGCUAGCCACCUGCUAACAGACCCUUCCUAGCCUCAUAUCUUUUUGCAUUUAUCUUGAAGAAGCUGGAAAGUGCAGAAUUUCCAGAAGAAAUUCCACAUUCCUAAACCUUCAUGUGUGCCUCUGUGUUGACAUUCAGUUACACAUAAAAUAUCCAGAUGAUAAACAAUUUGUUACAACUUUUCGCUCAGUUUUAGCUCAAAAUAAGACGUUUGUUUUCAAGGACACCACGGCUCUGGAAGCCCAGAAGGGACAAAUCAUUCGGUUUGUUUACACUGUGCCUUUAAAAACUAUUAAUUUCCUGAUUCAUAGCAUUAUGAGCUGGAAGAAGGAUGUUUAUGAAGAUGCUCAAAGGCAUGAAAAUGCAAACAAUGCUCGGUAUUGUCAUCAUGUUCAGUACAGCCGUGCGCCGCUAGAUGGCGCCGCAGCCUCAUGUUUUCACACUGAGGGGAUUUUAGCUGUUAAAUGAUCUAAAUCCAGAGGAAAUUUGAACCUCUGCCUGUUUUAACACCGUCCAACAUUCCUCCUGUUUACCAAACCCCCAGGCCCUUCUGCCACCACCGUGCUUCAGUGAUACAUGGUACCACCUUUCAUUGUUUAUAUCCUGUGGGAAUUAACUGCAUCUGUAAUGAUUUAUGAUUUUACUUUUUCAAGCUCUUGCAUCCUUUACUAAUCUUGUAAAAUGGAGGAUGAGGUCGACGUUAGAAAAAAACUAUCUGCAUUUUGACUCUUUAUCUCAUAAUUGUUGCUUUGAAAGCCAGAAUUAUGAGAACGAUGGCAGCGUUUCUCUUUAUGUGGCCGUUUCUAAAGUUACACUGUAAAAAAAUGAACAGCAAUAAUUUCUUGUUUAGCUUUUGCACGUUUCCCGUCAUAUUUUUCCUACAGCACUAAAUGUUCCAAACUACAUUUAAUUCUCCAGCUCCAAAUUCUAUAUAUUUUGCUAAAUAUUUAUUUGUGAAACUAAAUUUUUAGCAAGCUACGUAUUUAACUUGCUCACCAAACACUCAGUGUUUAAGUUGGUAACUAAGCAUUUAAAUACUUAUGUGUCUGCUUUGCUUGCUAAAUAUUGACUCAGACUAAACAAAAUGUUUAGCUUCUUAACUAAAUAUUUAAUUUCACAGCUAAAUAUUUAGUUUGGCAUUCUAAUUAUUUAUGCAGCAAGAAAAUGAAGAUAUGAAAAAUAAACAUCCACAUGAAAGAAACUAUAGCUGUAAAUGUUUCACAGUAACUUUACAAACUGCAUCCAAUUUCCAUAAACUUUUUCCUGAUUUACUGGAAAUCUGUUUUGUUGCACAUGUGCACUUUUGAAAACCGUUUUCGACGCUUGCAAAGCUGCAGCAGCAUCAACGCACACUGGGAGUAAAUCUGCAUGGUUUGCAGAUUAACCAGACAUCCUGGAUUUGUGAUCCAGUUCAUCCAGUCGUUCCUCCUCUGCACUCGACCUCAUUGUGUGAAUUAUUUAAGAUUGCUGCUCGUGAUUCUGAGCUUCAGUCUCUGUAAAUCUUUUUAAUCCAGGUCUUUAAAGAUGAAACAUUGUGAACCAUUGAGUGUAUUUGUGGUGUAAUGUGUGUGUUGUGACCAUGUCUGAUUAAAAUCCGGUGCCUGAAUAAACAUCAUCGCUGAACCGUU